UUGUCGACCAAAGUGCGCGAGCUAUUCAAUCUCUCUGAAGGCGAAACCGUUCAGAGCUGCCAUCCCUGCUGGCUGUUCCGCACAAUAUUGCUGCGCGGUUACGUCUACUUUACGAACUCAUACCUUUGCUUUUACGCCUACCUGCCGUCGAAAGGAAAUCGCGCGACCCGGGCCGGGCCACUAAUGAAACGAACGCGUCGCACAAUGCGCUUCAGCAAACACUGGGCAGUUCUAAGGGGCAAUGCAUUGAGCUGGUACGAGUCGAACAAGGACCCCUACUUUCCGCAAGGGCACAUCGAUCUGCGGACCGUUCAGGAUGUCUCUUCUGUUGCGGGUGACGGAAAAGGCAAAGAAUCUCAAUUCACAGUUGAGACGCCGGAGAGAACAUUUCUCUUUUCUGCGCCGUCAAAUGACAGCCGAGACGUAUGGGUGCAGGCGAUCCUCAAGGCCGUAUUUCGGGCCCGCAACGAUGGGGACAGCGUACGCAUCGGCAUUCCUUUCGAGACGAUCCUGGAUGUCGAGGAGUCG